AGAAAUGUACACUCAACAAUGGAGAGAGUGACACCUGUACACUUCCACCGGCGUAGGAUGUCCUGCCGGAGAGCAACUCCGAUAUCCGGCUGUAUCUCUCUCCGGUGCUCAUUCUCCACCACCGGCGAACAACUUUUGAAAGCAAUAGAAACCAUUAGUAAUGAAACUUUUGGAAGAAGUGAAAGGUUUUUAGAAAGGGUAUUAUAUGUCAACUGGAUACACCAUGUUUACUCUGAGUUCACGUAGUUUCUUAUUCUUCAAUGUGUAUUAUCUUAUGUAACCUUAUACACGUUACGUUGUUUGACUGAACUUGUUAUCCUUGCGUCCAUCACUUGUGAGGUAACACUGGGUAUGUUAUUGUACCUUUUGUGUUUCUUUCGACAUUAGCUAAGGAAUUCAAUAGCAGAAGGAUUGAAGUCGAAGGCUUAUUUCAUCAUAGUUGAUACUGUUUAAACUUUAAAUUUUCCAUUACAUUACUAUGUUUUAGCAUUAUUAUGUGGCUUUCAAGGAGAUGUAAUUUUCUCUAACUGUUUUUUUUUAGUCGAGAUUCUAUCGAAACAAUCUCUGUAACUUUGAGUUAAGGGUAAAGUCUGUGUACGCUCUACAUGGGGCUAUACUGGUUUAUGUUGUUUCAGUUAAAAUAUUACAUUUUGUUCUUGCUAAAUGAGCCAUGUACUAUGGAGUAAAUACAUGUAUUCCUUUGUUAAACGUUCAGUGAAAAUUUUAAAGUAAUUUUACAUAUACUACUAGUUUUUGGGAACGUGCGUUACACGUUUUUGUCAAAACAUAAUAUAUAAAUUUUUGUAAUAUUCUAUAUUUGGUUUCUAAUUUCUUGAUUGACACACUUCCCUAGGUGGAAUUAUUGGAGUUAUCACCUCUCUCUAUAAAGUCAACUCUUGUUAUCCCAUAUCUCUAUAAAGUCAACUGUUUUGUUUUUACAUCUUUAUAUAAACUUAGUAGGUAAUUUUUAUUGCAGACAACAUUUCAACUUUUCGUCAUUACAGCUUUUAAGUCCAAUGGCCUAUGCAAGUAUAGCAUCUCUUAUAAGAACAAUGGAACUGCUGUUGACGUCCGAUUCGCCAAUGUUAUCCCUUACUUUUGACCUCAGAGAAGAAAUCAUAGAGCUGCAUAAAAAAGUCAGUUCUAUAGAAGCAUUUCUCAAGAACUCUGAGAAACAAAUCCAUAAUCAUAUGGCAAUGACAGAGCUGGAAGCGCGGAUAAAAGGAUUUGCUAAUGUCGCGGAAGACAAAAUUGAAUUUGGACUAAGAGAAGCAAUGAUAACAGAAGAUGAAAUGCAGAGAGGAAAAGCACAUGAGGAACUUCGUGAGAGCUUGCAACGAGUAGCAAAGGACAUUGACUGUGUUCAAAAAGAGUCGAAAAAGAUUCAACAUCAUAAAGGUAACCAAGCAUCGACGUUGUCCUUGUUACGAGAUACAAGUAGCUCGGAAAUGUUACCUAAUCUGGAUGUUUCGAACAAUAUGGUGGGACGUGAUAAGGAAAAGGAAAGGAUGCUUGAAGAACUCAGAGGAGGCUCUAAAGAUGAACUAAAAGUCAUCCCAAUUGUUGGGAUGGGUGGCAUUGGUAAGACAACUUUAGCAAAACAAGUCUUCAACCAUCCUUCGAUUCAGUCUCGUUUUGAUGUUCGUGCUUGGGCUACUAUAUGUAAAGAAUACAAUGUGAAAGAAAUUCUUCUAAGUCUUCUUCAAUCGAUUAUCAAUAUCGAUGACAAAGUCUACAGCAGAGAUGAGGCAGAGCUAGCAGACCUACUACAGAAAAAAUUGAAAUGUAGGAGGUAUCUUAUUGUCAUAGACGACAUAUGGUGCUAUAAAGCAUGGGAUGACACAAGACAAUGUUUUCCAAUUGAUAAUAAUGGAAGUCGAAUAUUGUUGACUACCCGUCAUACUGAGGUAGCUAUUUAUGCUAGCUCAAGUAAUCUUCAUUUGAAGAUGAAUCUCAUGAACGCAGAUGAGAGUUGGAACCUUUUAAAGAGCAAGGCGUUUGCAAAUGAAAGCUUCACACCUGAACUAGAGACCAUAGGGGAGAAAAUUGCAAGCAAAUGUCAAGGGUUACCACUAACGAUUGUCGUGGUUGCUGGUCUUCUCUCCAAAUCAAAGAGAACAAAAGAAGAAUGGGAGAAUGUUGCUGAGAAUAUUAAGUCAUUUGUAACGAAAGAUCCUAAUGAACAAUGUCUACGCGUGCUCGGAUUGAGUUACAACUACUUGCCUAAUGAAUUAAAAGCAUGCCUUCUGUAUUUUGGAAUAUUUCCGGAAGACAGUGAAAUUUCAGUGAAGAGAUUGGUGAGAUUAUGGAUUGCGGAGGGGUUCUUGAAGCUGGAGGGUGACUUUGAAGAAGAGGCUAAAAACCGUUUGCAGGAUCUCGUGGAUAGAUGUCUAGUUUUAGUUAGCCAAAGAAGUGCAGAUGGAAGAAAUGUCAAGACAUGUAGGAUUCAUGAUCUGGUCCAUGAGUUAUGCUUGAGAGAAGCACAAAGCCAAAACUUUUUGUUUAUCAGAAAUGAUAAAACAGAAUACGUUCCUCAAGUGGGAUAUCGAUGGAUUAGCAUACAAGAAAGGCAACAAACUGGUGUUGUUCAGAAUGAGCAUGGUUAUAGGUCCCUUGCACAUAAACAUUGCUUCUGGUUGAUUAGGACGCCUACCGAUGAUGAUAAUAGUCCCUUGAGAAGAAUUCGAUCGAUUUUCCUGUUUGCUGCACCUUCUCUCAUUAAUAACUCAAAUUUAGAGCUUGGUCAUUUGAAUUUAAUCAGAGUCUUGGACUUGAAUUCAAUGAACUUCUCAAGUUUUCCCCUGCAGAUACUUGGUCUCUUUUUGUUGAGGUAUCUAUCCUUUUCGACUCGUAACUCUUUUGGCAUACCUCGAGGACUUCGCAAAUUGUUGAAUCUACAAACAUUCAUCGUUCGAGGGCCAGUUAGCUCAUUUAUAAAGUUCCCGGAACUAAUCUGGGAAACAACAGAACUAAGGCACCUGAAACUCAGGAACUUUUAUUUGCCAGAUCCUCCAAGUUCAUCCAUUGAUGGAGAGAGGAACUUGUUUUGGUCGAACAUACAGUCCGUUUCGGGCUUGAUCCCUUAUUGCUGCACUAAGAAUAUCCUUUCAAGGUUUCAAAACAUUAAGAAAUUAUGCAUUCGGGGGCACGUUUAUGACUAUAGAGUGCACGAAGAAGAUAUGGACCUCCGUCAUCUUGUUGAUCUGCAUCAUCUAGAAACAUUGAGUAUUAAAGUUGAUCGUUAUCAGGUAAGUCACUGGAGUUCAAGAUUCCAUAAGUUGCCUGUUUACGUACCAAGUGCAAUACAUUUUCCAACAAAGUUGAAGAAGUUAAAACUGGUUGGAACUCGUCUAUCAUGGGAGGAGUUGAACAUCGUAGGCCAAUGGCCUAAUCUUGAGGUGUUGAAGCUGAAACCAAAUGCUUGUCGUGGCCUAAAAUGGCAUCCAAUUGAAGGAGGAUUUCCGCGAUUGAAGUUUUUGCUAAUUGAAGGUACAAAUCUGACACGUUGGAAAGCCACAAAUGAUCAUUUCCCUGCUCUUGAGCAUCUAGUGAUCAAACAUUGCUUUCAUUUGGUGAAGAUCCCCAUUGAAUUCGCAGAUAUUUACUCACUACAGCUAAUCGAGUUACAGAACUGUAAAGCAAAACUCAUGGCUUCUACUGUGCGUAUUCAAGAAGAGCAAGAAUACCUAGGAAGCAAACCUGUGGAUGUUCGUUCUUACAACGAUCUAGCUGAAUGUGAACUAAAUGGAAGUGAUUCUGAUUCAGACUGAUGUUAGCUAAGGAAUGAAGACUGAGUUAGCUAAGGAUUGAAGACUCUUAGACUUUUAAUUUGUUUAUCUUACUCUGUUAUUAUUGGAGUUUAUCAUUUAUAUUACUAAAGUUUUAGUAAUCUCUA